AUGAAGAUCAACUCCUGCGUUUUCAUCGCCGUGGCCACGGCGCUCUCGCUUAUGACCGGCUUCACCGAUGCCAAGCGAGACCGUCACGACUCCCAGGCCGCAGAUGCAGUCGCCGCCAACCAAGACAACUUUGCCGCCCCCGCCGCCGAUGCUGACGGUAACGCCGCGAUCGUCGACUCUAACGAGCUCUGGAAGCACAAGCACAAGCAUCACAGCAAGAACCAUCAUAACGGUCAUCAUGGUCGCCACCAUCCCGGCAAGCACCACGGCAAGCACCAUGGUCACCACGACCAUCAUCCCGACCAUAAUCACCAUAAUUGCAAGCACCACGGCAAGCACCACAAGAAGUGCAAGACCGAGACGAUUGUCGUCUUUGCACCCUGCACCAGGGCCGAUGGAGGCGAAAGUAUCAAAAAUGUUUUCGUUACUGAUACUCCCGACGGUGGAGAAGCUUUUGGAGGAGACACCCACGACAGUGGAGAAGCUUUUGGAGGAGCCACCCCCGACGAUGGAGAAGCUUUUGGAGGAGUCACCCCCGACGAUGGAGAAGCUUUUGGAGGAGUCACCCCCGACGGUCGAGAGGCUUUUGGAGGAGCCACCCCCGAUUUGGUUGCUAUUACCAACUUCGGCGAGACCACGCCUACGACAACGGCAAACAGUGGAAACCCCAUCGGUGACCCAAACGCCAGGGGCGACAUCCCUAUUCCUCAAACGACUACCACCACUGCUCCUCGUGAGGAAGCCGAAAUAGCCACGACUGCUUCUGGUGCUGAGGCGGCCGCCGCCGCUGCUCGCGAGGAAGCCGAAAUAGCCACGACUGCUUCUGGUGCUGAGGCGACCACGACCACUUCUUCUGGUGCUGAGGCGGCCGCUGCCGCUGCUCGUGAGGAAGCCGAAGUAGCCACGACUGCUUCUGGUGCUGAGGCGACCACGACCACUUCUUCUGGUGCUGAGGCGGCCGCCGCCGCUGCUCGUGAGGAAGCCGAAGUGGCCACGACUGCUUCUGGUGCUGAGGCGACCACGACCACUUCUUCUGGUGCUGAGUCGGCCGCCGCCGCUGCUCGUGAGGAAGCCGAAGUAGCCACGACUGCUUCUGGUGCUGAGGCGACCACGGCCACUUCUUCUGGUGCUAAGGCGGCCGCCACCGCUGCUCGUGUGGAAGCCGAAAUAGCCACGACUGCUUCUGGUGCUGAGACGACCACGACCACUUCUUCUGGUGCUGAGGCGGCCGCUGCCGCUGCUCAUGAGGAAGCCGAAAUAGCUACGACUGCUUCUGGCGCUGAGGCGACCACGGCCACUUCUUCUGGUGCUAAGGCGGCCGCUGCCGCUGCUCAUGAGGAAGCCGAAAUAGCCACGACUGCUUCUGGCGCUGAGGCGACCACGGCCACUUCUUCUGGUGCUAAGGCCGCCGCCGCCGCUGCUCGUGAGGAAGCCGAAAUAGCCACGACUGCUUCUGGUGCUGAGGCGGCCGCCACCGCUCCUCGUGAGAAAGCCGAAAUAGCCACGACUGCUUCUGGUGCUGAGGCGACCACCACCACGACAACCACGACAGCCGCUGCUGCAGGUCUCUCGAGCACAACAACCACAGCCGCGCCCGUUACUCCUUAA